UGUUGUUGUAAAGAGGUAAGGAUCAUGUGACUAUUCAAAAUGGCUGCACCCAGACGGCUUGGCAAUUUGGUUUCUAAUAAAACGGUUUUCUUUUGCUGUGAUUUGCAAGAGAGAUUUCGAGAUGCCAUCCUUCAUUUCCAAGACAUAUUAGUGGUCGCAAAUAGACUGCUCCAAGGGGCCAAAAUUCUGGAUAUUCCUGUGAUUGUUACCGAGCAAUACCCUAAAGGACUUGGAAAUACUGUACCUGAACUGGACAUAUCUCAUGCAGUUGGAGUGUUUGAUAAGACCAAGUUCAGUAUGGUUAUACCGAGCGUGGAAGAAAAACUGAAGACUCUGUGUGAAGGCAGUGUGCAGCAUGCAGUCCUCUUUGGAAUUGAAACACAUGUGUGUGUGCAGCAAACCGUAAUUGACCUAAUGGAGCGUGGUAUUGAUGUCCAUGUGGUCGCGGACGCAUGCUCAUCCAGAAGUAUGAUGGACAGGCAGUUUGCAUACGAGCGUUUCCGCAGUAUUGGGGCCACUGUGACCACCAGUGAGGCCCUGCUUCUACAACUUGUCGGCGACAAAGACCAUGCCAGUUUCAAGGCCAUCCAGGGCUUCAUAAAGGUUAGCGCACCAACUUCCGGUUUGGUGAAACUUUGAAAAGUGACAUUCAUGGGCUUACAGACUGUUAGUCUUGCAUUCUGGAUUUGUUUCCUAUCAGUAAACCUGCAUUUUCUUAAUCAUUUAAGUUGAAGUUUGAUGCCAGGACCUAAAUACUUUAAGCAUUUUUAAAAUUUGUACUUAAAAAAGGAAUAUGUUUUUUUUAUGCUCCCAAAGGAUGGCAUAUAGUGAUCGGCAGCCCGUCUGUCUGUCCGUCCUUCCGUCACACUUUGCGUUUAGGUUUCGCGUAUAGGUUUCGAAAAAUGCUCAUAACUUCUAUGUCCCUUUACAUAGCAACUUGAUAUUUAGCAUGCAUGUGUAUCUCAUGGAGCUGCACAUUUUGAGUGGUGAAAGGUGAAGGUCAAAGUCAUUCUUCAAGGUCAAAGGUAAAAAAAAGGAUGUAUCAAAGCGGCGCAAUAGGGGGCUUUGUGUUUCUGACAAACACAUCUCUUGUCUUUUAUAAAAUACAAUUUUUCACAAAUAUCUAUUGUUCAUUACAUUAUCCUAUACACUAGGAGUUUCACUGGCAUUGUCAUGUUUUGAAGUGAGUUAAUUUUACUAAUUUUACAAUAAAUGAAAUAAAUUCACCAGCUUGUCCGUCCCAUUUGAAACAAUUAUCAUAAAGCAGUAAUUAUAAUACUGAGUAUCUGAUGUUUUUGUGAGACAACACUUUGUGGACAUGUAAAAUUAUAUUCUUCCUGUUUAAUAUAUUUUAUUUUCUCUCUUAUUUCCAUAAUGUGUUGGCUUAUAAUCUGGUAAACAACUGUGGGUCUUAACAGAUCAGAUAGUGAUCAUCAAUAAAAAUGUAUAAACCUCAUUCUGGAAAAACUGGGCUUAAUGCAUAUGAGUAAAGUUUAGUCCAAGAUAAGCCUGUGUGAUGCUUAGACGCCUAAAAGGGACAACACUUUGUUUUUUCAU